GGCCAUGGCCGGCUGGGGCUCCUGGAUGGACGGCGAGCUGGAGAAGAAGUUCGGCGACGCGCAGAAGAAGAGGAAGGUUGUCGCCAGCGCCCUGAACUUCUCCAGGAACGAGCUCGGCAACGAAGGCGUGCAGCACAUGGUCGAUUGGCUCCGCCGCCGCGAGGUCGGCGUGCACGUGCUGAGAUUCUUCAAGAACGAAAUCGGCGACGCAGGCGCCUGGGCCAUCAGCAGCCUGCUCGAGCAUUCGCCCGAGCCGGUGCUCGAGGUGCACCUGAGUCACAACCGCAUCAGCUCGGAGGGGGCGUGGUCGCUCUUCGAG